AUGAAGUUCAACACCGUUGCUCUCACUCUAGCCACGGCUGGUACCCUGGUGAACGCCCAGCAUCGUCACCACCAUCGUCACCACCAGCAGUAUAAGCGCGAGGGCCAGGUCGAGCAGGGCCCCACAGUCGUCGAGUACGAGCUUGAUGGAACUGUGAUUCCCGUUGAGAAGGUGUGCGAAGGUCUCGCCGAUGGUAGCCUCAAGUUCGCCAACAAUGAUCAUCCCACCAAUGUCUGUGACAACUUGAGCAGCAGCUCCUCUGCUUCUACUUCUGCUCCCGAGGUCACCCCCACCGUCGCCCCAGCUCAGUUCAUUGAACUCUCAUCGGUUGUUGUCCCGCUCUCCUCGACCACGACCUCGACCUCGACCUCGACCUCGACCUCGACUUCGACGUCGACGUCGACCACGGCCUCGACCACGACGUCGACCACGACCUCGUCCUCUAGCUCGAGCACAGCGGCGACCACAGCGCCUUCUAACACCUCUAGCCCCAAACCUCCCACCGCCACCGGCUUGGAUGCUGAUUUCCCUGAUGGAGAGCUGGACUGUGGUACCUUCCCCUCCGAUUACGGCGCCAUUCCCCUUGACUACCUUGGUCUUGGUGGAUGGUCCGGAAUUCAGUACGUCACUUGGGGCGCCGAGCACAUCAGUGGCAUUGUGACCGCUGUCACUGGUGAUUCUUGCACCCCUGGUGCCAUGUGCUCCUAUGCCUGUCCUCCUGGCUAUCAGAAGUCUCAGUGGCCCCUGACUCAGGGUGCUACUGGCCAGUCUGUUGGUGGCAUUGAAUGCCGCAAUGGAAAGCUUCACCUCACCAACCCUAACCUCUCCAAGAAGCUUUGCGUUCCUGGUGUUGGAGGUGUUCAUGUCCAGAACAACGUUGGCGAGACUGUUGCUGUUUGCCGUACCGAUUAUCCUGGUACCGAAUCCGAGACCGUUCCCCUUGCCCUUGGCCUCAACGAUCUUCAGCCCCUGACCUGCCCCGAUGGCGAGAACUACUACAAGUGGCAGGGCAAGACCACCUCCGCCCAGUAUUACGUCAACCCCAAGGGUGUGUCUACUCAGAAGGGCUGCCAGUGGGGUGAUGGCAGCCAGCCUGUCGGUAACUGGGCUCCCAUCAACCUGGGUGUCGGCCAGAACAACGGCAAAUGGCUCUCCAUCUUCCAGAACAGCCCUACCACCAACGCCAAGCUCGACUUCAACAUCAAGAUCAAGGGUGACAACCUCAGCGGAUCCUGCAAGUACGAGGAUGGUGUCUUCCACUCUGAGACCGGUACCAGCAGCUCUGGUUGCACUGUUGAGGUCAUGUCUGGUGAUGCCACCUUUGUCUUUUACUAG